CUCCAGCGGACGCUCUUCUGCUCACAGCUACAGUGCUCGUGAAGUUCAGCUCUUAUCAUCGUCUAUCAUUUGAGUGGUCUUUUUGUCUGAUCAUUAAUUAUUAGAGGAAUUUCAUCCCGUCUGGAGAUGUGACCUCGUGAAAGCGAUUUUGUGGCUAGUUUGUGGGUAAAUUCGCCGGAUGCAUUGGACACCUGCCCUAUGUUCUGUAGAUACCAUAAUUUUGUUGAUGGAGAGGAUUUCGAAUGACAGCCGGCACAGUGGUCAUCACAGGUGGAAUUCUGGCUACCAUUAUCUUGCUAACUAUUGUCACAGUUCUGUGUUACUGUAGGCUGCAGUAUUACUGCUGUAAAAGAGACGAGUCAGAGGAGGGGGAGGAGGAGGCUGACGUUGCCAAGGCAUCACCAAAUCCACCGCGCCAACCGAGUCCACCUGAGAGUCCACUGAGUCUUAAACAUUUCCCUGAAUACGCAUCCUCCAAUCAGCUGCUAAUGACUGCGGAGCCCUUUGAGUCCAACGGACCAGUAAGCUAUCCUCAAUACUUCCCGCGCGCGCCCUACAGACCGCCCCGCUCGUACACUUUCUGCCCAUCCUGCUCGGGGUAUCUGCCGCUCUACAUGAGCCCACAGGAGGGGAUGCCUAAUGGAGGUGGCAGGAUCAGCUACAGAACACUGCAGCAGGAGGAAUUAGACCUGCCAAUGGAGGUGCCCAGCUUCCACAAACUCAACCUUAUCCGCUCUGUCACCAUGCAAGAAGUGCUGACCCAUCACAGCAUCAGCACGGAUGUGUAGCACCUCAUAUUCAGCUGAAGCAUUGUGUUCAUUUCAUAUGUAUUGUGGUGCUUUGCUGUACCUGGUUGUUCAAUUCAUUGUAUCCAAUACAUAAAAUGUAUGUAUGUAUGUAUGUAUGUAUGAAUUUAUCUAUCAGAAGGAUAGUCAUGCACCAGUGCUAUUUAGUAUCAUUGAGAUGCUAUUAGAAAAAAAAAAAACAUCUGUU